AUGAGUUUCGAAUCUGGUGUGUGGAAUUCACGUGGAAUUAUUAAAGCAGCUAUAAUAAAUGAAGCCGAAAAAAAUAAAACAGCAAUACAGGAAGUUAAAAAAGAAAUCGUCAAAGGCAUUAUUGAUGAUGAAAAUAAUGAACAAGUGCGAAGCAGGUAUUGGUCAUCGACAAUCAGCUCGCAAAAUCCAUUUAGAAAUAAGUUUUAUAAUAAUAAUUUUACACCAGUAACAAUUAUUAAAAAACAUCCAAUAAAAAAUUACCCAGUACCAAUUAAUUUACCAACUAACAAAAAACCCGAUAUAUUUAAUGAAAAAUCAAAAAAUUGGCCAAAUGAACCACCCAAUACAGUUCAAGAUUUUAUAAAUUACGAAAAAUAUACAUCAAUUAAUAAUGAUAACAAUAAAAAAACAAAAAAACCAUUAAUAAAAACAACAACUAUUAAACCAAUUGAACAAAGUAAUAAUAGCAAUAGAAAACCUGUUAGUUUAUCAAAUAAUCGUGAACAAUUAUCACAUCCAAAUGUCCAAGAAAUUAUUCAAUGGCUUCAAAUACCUCCAUUUUCAUCAGCUGAUAAUAAAAGUAAUACAGUUAGUCAAGAUUUUAAACCUGGACAAUCAUUUACAAAUGCUUUUGAGCCUGGUAUCAAUGAAAAUUUAUCAACUGAAAAUUCAUUAGCUCUUUAUGAUGAUGAAAAAGCAAAUGAUUUUUCAUUACCUGAUGAGACACCCAAAUAUAAUAGUUCAGAUAAUUUAUUGUUAACAAAUAAUCCUGUUACAAUGAAUACCCAAUCAUUAUCAACGACAAUUGAUGAUUUACUAACUGAUAAUCCAACAAUUGAUGAAAAUAAAAAACGUCCAGUGUAUCGUCCUACAUCUGAAGUAUCACAAGAUACAAUUGUUCAUAUAACAAAUCCAUUAUCAAAUAAACAAAAUACAAGUAUCAAUGAGACACAUCAAAAUUCUACAAAUACAUCAACACUAAAACAACCACCAAAUGUUCAUAUAAUGUUUAUCCCAACAAAUAACACAAAUACACAAGAAUCACAAUUUAUUAAUUCUGAUUGUCCAACAAUAACAAUUAAUUCAAUAACAAAAAUUAAUAAUACAAUACAACAAAGUAAAGAAGGUUGUACAGAUUUAAAUAUUAUUAUUAAUUCACAAGUACUUAGUACAAAUAAUUUUGAUGCUGAUAUUGUUGGUAUAGAUGAAACUGAACAAAAUAAAUUACCAAAUAAUUAUUAUUCAGAUGUUAAUCAAAAUUCUGAUGGUAAUGAUAAUGUUGUUGUUGAUGGGGGGAUUGAUGAGGUUGAAAAUAAUUAUCCUAAUAAACAUUUUGAUCAUAUUUUUGAUCAUUUUCAUGGUACAUCAUCAUUAGCACCACCAACACAAUUACCAGAAAUAUCAGAACCACCACAGCCACAACCAACUGAACAAAUUAUUACUGAUGAUAAUAAUCAUCAUACUAAUUGUAAUGAUUGUAAUCCUUCACCUUAUGAUGUUAAUCAAGAAACAAAUAUUGAAUAUGCUGGUGAUGCAUUAGCAGAAUCAGAAUUUUCUGAAGCUGGUAGUGUAUCAGCUGGUCAAUCAGUUAUAGGUAGUGGUAUUAGUUCAGGUGCUGUUGCUUCAAAUUUACCUAGUAUUGGUAAUCAGCUUAUUGGUUUGGCUGGGGCUGGUGUACUUGGUAAUGGUGCUAGUGGUUUACUUAGUGGUGCUGGUGGUGGUAAUGGUGAUUCAACAGCACUAACAACAAUUAAUGCUGGUAAUAAUGAUGACGACGAUGAUGAUGAUGAUGAUGAUAUGUUUGGUUUAUCACCAACUAGUAUACUUGAUGGUGUUACAUCAAUCUUUACAUAUUUAACAAUUUUAAAUCCACUUAAUUAUGGUUUAUUUACAAUUGCAGCAGCACCAUUUGCAGCACUUGCUGCUGGUGUACUUGGUGUUGGUGCAAUGUUUUUCCCUUGGGCAUUUACAACAGGUCUUGAUUUUGCUCGUGCAUCUGAUCAAGUUAAUAUUAGAUUUACACCGAAUAUUGAUGAAGUUGUUAGACAAUCACUCAAUGAAAAUAGAAAUUGGGAAGAGUGGAAAAGUAAAAGAAGAAAAAGUAGACGUAGAGUGGACUUACCAACACGUGAACUAAAUCAUUAUCAGCACAUGGAUCAAUCAUUGAGAACAGUUGCAACUCAGCUGUUGAAUGUCUCUGGAAGUAAUGACAUGGUGAACAUCAAAGAAAAUCAAGAAGCUGAGCCAAGCUUGGUUCUGCUAGUUCAACAACCAGACGAAAAAAAUUCUCAAAAAUCUGAGGAAAUAAUUAGAAAUGAUACAAACAAAUUAAAUGAAGAUAAUAAAAUGGAAAUUGUUAAAACAAAUAAUUCAGAAAUAUUAUCAUCUGAUAAUAGUCAUACUAGACCAGUUAAUUCAAAAUAUCAUUAUACACAUUUUGGUCAUCCUGGUCAAGCAAUGGCACUUACAGAUGAAGAGCUAGAAAUUGAAUUAUCUGAUACAAAAACAACAUCAUUAUUCAACAGAAAAUCACCAUCAACGACAACAGCAGGUGGUAUUUCAACUUGGGUACAAGUUAAUCCACCAAAAACAACACCAAAACCAUUUGAUAAAAAACAAGAAAAUAAUAUUCCAGCUAGUGGUAUCUUAAAUGAAGAACAAACAACAAUAUUUCCAUUUAAAAUAAGUAAUAAUCAUCAGGAUAAAAUUGAGACGACUUUAAAAAAAGAUGUUGUUAAACCAUCAACAACUGUUAUUCCAAUUGAACAAAUAACACAAAAAACAGUUGUUAAAAAAUUACCAACAAUAAAAUCUGAAAGUACAACAACAGUUGAUUCAAUAAUGACAUCUCGUGCUGAAUUAUAUUCAACAGAAAAACCUCUAGAAUUAUCAGCUACAGUUAAAACAAUAACAACAACAACAAUCAAUGCUCAUGAGCUAAAUAAAAAUGAUAAAAAGACAUCAUCAUCAUCAUCAACAAGUCGUAACUCAUCAAAGCCACGAUCAACAACACCAAAAUCAGCAGCUGUAACAAAAACAACAACAAUGAAAAUUGCUAAACCAACACCAAGUCGUACUACAAAACCAUCAAUUAUUCGUAAACAAUCAAAUAAAAAUGAUGUUAAUAAUAAAAAUUUAAAUUCACAAAUUUACAAUGCAACAUCUAAAAUUGAAAAAGUUACAUUUAAACCAAUUUCAAUGAUAACAACUCCAAAAAGUCAAAUUGAAUCAGUACCAAAUGCAGUAUUUACUAAAAAAAUUCAAGCAAAUUUUAAUAUUGAUUCAAAUAAAAAUUUACCAUCAACAAUAAAUGAUUCUCAAAUUGAUGAAAAUUUAAAUUCAACAUCAACAUUUACUGAUAAUAUAAAUAAAUCAAAAAUAACAAAACCAAAUAAUAAUAUAUCAUCAAAAAUUCAAUUUAAAAAACCAAUUGAUACACCAACAACAAUUGAAAUUGAGCCAAUAAAAGUUAAUGCUCCAAUUUUACGUAUUGAAAAAAUUGAAGAAAGAAAAAAGGCAUCACAUUCAACCAAUAAAGAUCAUAUAAAAUUAAAUAAUUCACAUGUUGAUGGUAAAUUAAAUUUAAAAUCUGAAUUAACUAAAAUUGAAACAUCAACAUCUCCAUCGACAACAACAACAACAGCAACAUCAACAACAACAUCAACAACAUCUGAAACACCAACAUCAUCAACAAAAAAACCAAAAAGAAAAAAGAACAAGACAAGAAGGAGAAAACCAUCAUCAUCAUCAUCAUCAUCAACAACAACAACAACAGAAUCAACAGAAUCAGAUCCACUUGGUAUAGGAUCAGUAUCUGAACUUUUCCAAGAAAUAGCUGACUCUGUAGCAUCAUCAGUAACACCAACUGAUAAUACAAUUCAAGAAUCAAAAGUCGUUCCUGAUGUAAAUGAUAAAAAUAAAAAAAAACAAGUUGCUAAACCAUUUGGUACACAAAUUUAUAAUUAUUUAAGCAAAGAAGUUAUGCCUAGUUUUGGUGUAAUGUCACUUGUUGGUCUUGGUCUUGGUUUAGCCAGUUAUUUUUUGUAUCCAUUUGGUGGUGUUAUUGCAAGAAGAAAUGACAUUGUUCAUCAAAAUUAUAAAUAUACAAAUAACAAUAAUAAUAUGGAUGAAUAUAGUGGUAAUUUUGGUCAAAAUGAAGAAGAAAUUUUUUCAAAAGUACUACAAGGUAUGACACCAAAUGAUGAUAAAUUUAUUAGUAGCAAAGAUUAUGUUAAUAAUCCAUACAGAUAUCAGACAUAUGAUGGUGCAUAUGGUGAUUCAUAUACAACAAUUAAAAAUGAACAAAAAUAUACAACAUCAUCUGCAGUAUCAAAUACAAAAUUACAUGAUUUAAAAUAUAAAAAUACAGAAUUUAAAUAUCCUGAAUUAACAACAAUACAAAAUUAUUAUGAUACAAAUAAAAAACAAAAUAAUGAUUAUAAUAAAAAUCAUAGAAAUGAUAAUUAUAAUAAUAAUGAUAGAAAAUUUGUUGUUGGUAAUAUACCAAAAGAAUAUACAAAUAAUAAUAAUAAUGAUGAUGAUGAUAAUGUUAAUAAUAAAAAUCGACGUAUUAUAGCAACAACUGAAUCAAUACCAACUGAUUUUGAAAAACAGAUUGCACAGAGUUUAAAAUUUUUAAAAAAUCCAUUAGAAGAAAAAAUCAUUGAACAACCAAAUGCACAACCAUUAACAAUAAAUAAUGAUGAUAAUAAUUAUGAUGAUAGUGUCAAUCAACCAGCUGCUGUUGCAGUUGAACAUGGACCAAGAUCAUUAAAUAUUGAUGAUUUUAUUUAUCAUAGGAAUGAUGAGCAAGUAAAAAUAAGAGCAAAACGUGAAUCAGUUAUACAAAUGAUACCAACAAGAAGUGAAAAAGAUGAACAUGAAGAUGAUUUUAAUAAUGAAAUAUUAGAUAUUAUUGAUACUGCAUUACCUUCUGAUAUGAAUAAUAUGAAUACAGAUAAACCAGAUGUUAAAAUUGAUAUGAAAACAUCAACAACAACGACUGAUAAACCACGUGAAGAAUUAACAACAACAACAACAACAAAUAAAAUUAUUUCAAAAACAAAAGAAUAUGAAGUUGAAGAAAAUAGUAAUAUUGAUGUUACAACUGUUGAAAAUAAAAUUGAUUCAUCAACACAAUCAACAACUAAUUAUCCAACAAAAGCAACUGAAAAAAUUACAACAAGUAGAAUUCCAACAACCAGUACAUCAACACCAAUUGAGGAUGGUUUAAAUGCAUUUAAUUUUGUCAAAAAAAUUGCUGAAGUUAAAUUUAGAAUUGGCUUAUCAAUUUUAAAACAUGCAUCUGAAAAUUUUGCUAAAUAUUUAGGUAAUGUGCAAAAAAGAAUAAAUGGUGAAGAAUAAUAAUUUCAUUAAGUAUUAAAUAUUUUUUAAAUUUUCUUUUGGCAA